AUGAAAUUACCUAUUUAAUGGAAUUACAUGGCAUUCACACUGCUUUCACUAAUAAUUCUAAUAAUGGAUAUUAUUCUUAUGGCGAAUUAAACUUUAAAACCUGUGUGGGGCUCAUUCGUCAUGAUUGUUGCAAUUGGGAUUAUUCUUUAUUUGCUCUAUUUAGGUUAUUAAGGGUAUCGUAUCGAUUCAAUACAAAAGUUAGUUUUAAUAGGUCCAAGUGGAGUUGGUAAGACACUUACAUAUAAUUAUUUAUAAUGCACAAACAUUUCUUCAUAUUAAGGGUUUACAAUUGGAACCUCUGAAGAACUCUGUGUUGUUGACACUCCUGAUUUUGAUCUAGAAUCCACCAUAGAAAUCAGAGAGAAAAGAAUCACAUAAUUUUAAGAGUUCUUUAUAAAAAAUCAAAAUUCUAUUAGAGCAUUUUUAGUGGUGGUUAAUUUUGAAAGGACAGAUUUAAUGAAAGCAAAGAUCUUAAAAACUAUCAAGUAUUUGAAUAAGCUUAAUUCUAAUCUUUUUUUAUUGGUUACAAACUUUGAAUUGAGUGAAAACUAAAUUGAAGAUGAAGAGAGUCUAAAAAAAGCAUUUGGUUUCUUUCAUUUUGAAAAAAUUUUAUUUCAUGAUAAGGAAAUAAAUAAUACAGGGUUGAAAUAGAAAUUAUUGUAAAUAAUGAAUACAACCCCUCAAAAAGAAAUAAAUUUGAAAGAUACGAUUUUUGAAAAAUAUGGGGAUACGCAAGAUUAGUAAAUUCUUUAAUAAAUUACUAAUUAAGUGAAUUAAAAACAAAAUCUUAAAGACAACUUAUUGAGAAUUUGA